AACUACGCUUUUGUUUUCAACAGUAAAUACGUGGAUGAAUUAGUUUUUGCUUUAAUAAAAUUAAAAUUUACGUAGUAAUCAAGGAGAUAAUUGUGAAUAUAAGUGUGCAAUAUGACUGAUCAACAAGUUCCAGAGACAUCUGAAGUUGAAAACAUCAUUAGUAAAACUUCAAAAAUCAUCACAAAGCUAUCAGAAGUGGAUACGAGAGUUUCAACAACUCAGUCAUCUAUUAAUCUUGAUUUUCCUGUCGAAUCUCGUCCAGCUUAUGAGAUUUUUAAUCAUCUAGAACAUCUGAUAUUACUUUCUGAUUCUGAUGACGAAGACGAAAUUUUUAUGCCGAGUCUUGACGACGUGUCACACUUGGCAAUUGUUUCGCAGUCUGUUUUAUCUUAUAUAAAAAACAUUUCUCCCGGUACGCGCUUGAUGAAGAUAGCAAAUAACAUUUAUAAACAAGUGACUUAUUGGAUUUCGUCUUUAUUCCUCAAUAAUUCCUUAUCUACUUUUCUUCCUACUAAUGCGGAUUGCUUAUCAAAGUCAUUGAGACUUGCUCUUACAUGCAAAUUUGAAAAUUAUAUUAAGGAUGGCCUAAACAACAUUAAAAGUUGUUCUAUUUAUGUAGUAAGUAGUAAUCCAUACUUGCCAGAUUUGAAAUUUGCUGUGCAUCUUACUGGUCUACCACAAAGCUCAAUCAGAACAAUUCCAGUAGUCGAAGGAACUGAGACAAUUGAUAUGAAUGAACUUGAAAAACUGAUUGCUGCUGAUAAGACAAGCAAUUCAGUGCCCCUGUAUUUAUUUGCCGACCUUGGAUCAUCAUUUGUUGGCGGAAUCAAUGGAUCAUUAAAGGAUUUAAGCGAAAUAAGUGAAAAGCAUGAAUUAUGGCUACACAUUAGUGGUCCUAUGAUAGCUGCUUUGUCUCUUUCAAAUGCACAGUCUGACAUCACAAUGAAUAUCUCAUCAAUGACACUUGAUUUUGAAAGUUGGAUCGGAUUACCAACAGUUCCAAUAGUUUUAUUGUAUCGACAAUAUCCUGCAUUAAAACAAGGAAUCUUUGAAAUUGAAAGUGAAAUGAGAAAGCUUGAUGCUUUUCCUCUGUGGACUGUUAUUCAAAAUUUAGGACGUGAUAAGAUUGUUGAUUCCUUUGCACAAGCUUUUCAAAGUUGCAACAUUCUAUACGAUAUGGUCGCUAAGACCAAAGGCUUCAGACUGCUUUCUAAGAAACCUGUAAAUUAUGAUCCAAAGGAAGCACUGGCUAUUGAUUCAUUUACUUCUGUUGUUCUAUUCCAAUUUGAUGGUUCUGGUUUGAAUAUUCCAACUGAAGAUAUGAAAGAACCAGCUGUAAAAAAAGCAAUUGACAAAGACAACAAUGUUUCGUACUUCGAUCGAUUGAAUUCUUGGUUGGGACAGACACUAGAGCGAGACUUUCCACAAAUUCAAUUGACCUUGAUGGAUCAUUCCAUUUAUGGUACAUGUAUUCGAUACAGUCCAUUUGAAUUGAGUACUGGUGAAAAGGUACCAACUUUAGACGCUUUUACUGAAUUCUAUGAAUUCUUUGAAAAUCAAGCAGAUAUUUUAUGUGCGACCGUUCAGAAAAAGCAAACAUUUAUUGACUUGAUUGAAAGAAGCCCAGUAUUAAAAAUUGUUCAACUGGCUGAUGAUUGGGCAGGUCUGGGCGGAGUUUAUUACGUUCCAGAAAUCAUGGAAAAAAUGGAGACAGAUCAGGAAAAAUCAGAAUUAAAUAAGUUAAAUAUGCAAUUAGUAGAAAAAUUGCGCUCAAGUGAUAAUGCUUUUAGUCUUGGCGAAUCCAUCGAUGGAUUAGCAUGCAUUCGUUUUGGAAUGGUAACCAGUGAAACUGACAUUGAGGAAUUAUUAGAUUUAGUAAUUAGUGCUGGCAAUGAAAUUCAAGAAAGCUCGAAAGUUCUCGAUUCGAUGGCUGAAUUAAUUAAAGCUGGCAUACAUGCAGCACAAACUGACUUGCAAAAGGAAGCAGACGAAAAAGUUUGGAAUGACGGGAUAUUAAGAGUCGUACCUGUUGUCGGAAGUGUGUUAAAUUGGAUAAAUCCAUUACCCAGAGAAACCAGUACAGGAAUCAGAGGAAGAUCCUUGAACUUACAACAAGGUGUUGUUGAAUCUACUGAGAAUAUCUACAAGUAUCAUAUGCAACUUCCAUUAAAUCCUUCCCAACAGGGUAGAAGUAGUACAAGUCAUUCCAGGAAUGAAAGCCAAAGUAGCACAAAUUCAGUAAAGCAAGCAGCAUUAGCACAACAAGUUGCAGUUCAGAAUACAGCAUCGCCUGUUGAGGAGGCAAAGCCAGUUGCUUAAGUAACGCAUUAACCUAGAUUAAAAUAAAUGAAAGCUUUUCUAAGUAAGGACAACUUGAGUAAUCGUCCAAGUAUAGAGCUAUUCAUUGAUCCGUUCCAAAAAAAAGAGAAUAUAUCUAAAUUAAAUUAAAUUAAAAACCUACCUUAUUAUUCUUUAAACAGCAAUAAUAUUGAAUUAGUUUUAAAUUGUGAAUGAAUUUUAAUCAUUAAUUAAAUAAAAAAUUGACACAAAAUUAUUUAAAUAAUU